AUGGCGGUUUCAGAAAAUAAAUAUAAUGUUGAAAUCGUGUGUCCACGUCCAUAUGGGUGUGCCACUGAUUUCAUCAAUAAUGAUAUUAUAAAAGUUACAUUUUGUGAAGUGGUCGAAGUUGGUCCUGCAACUCAAUCUUAUAAUAGAAGCGGCCAACUAUAUGGCAUUAGAAAAAAUGAAGAAAUUGACACAUGGUUCAUUGGCGAAACCUACGCCAAAACUCAAUAUAAUUUGACCCGAUGGGUCAAUAAAAAUCUCUAUGAUCAAGAAGAAGUGCUAACUUCUUUAUAUGAAAUUAAAAAGAACUCCGGUGUUUGGGAACGAGAUGAAGAAUGUAGAUUAUGGAAACCUUAG